AUGGCGACCAAGCAACCGGUCUCUUUCGACGAAAUCAUCCAGGCUGAUCGUCAAAAGAAGAAGCAAGAGGAGCUUGCAAACCAACUCCUUGGAAAAAACCGCAGAUCAAGCGCACCAGGAUCGGGCUCUGGCGCCGGCAAGAAAGCGCAGAACAAAUCACAGACUGUAAAGCCCGGAAGCUUAGCAAGCAGGAUCGGAGUAUCCAAGCGCUCCGCCUCAGCGACCGUGCAACCCAACAAGAACAAGCCAGCGCCCACUACAAACAACAACCGGACACGGGGUAAACCUGGCAAGAAAGAUCGCGUGAAUGUGGAUCAGGUGCAGACAGCUUUCCAAACUCAGAAUGGCCUAGGGAAUGCCCGAUCAGGCAACUUUGCGCAGAACAGCCGCCCGUCCGGUGGCAUGAACAUGACCAUCAAGGGUGCCUCGGGCCCAUUCAUUGUUGUCGGAAGGAACUUUGCCCCUGGGACAACAGCUGCCGACAUCCAGUCUGCUCUUGAGCCUAUAACCGGACCCAUGAUCAGCUGCCAGAUAGUAGCAAGUCGGCCCAGUGUUGUUGCAGAAUUUGCAUACGCGGAGAAGGCGGCUGCAGAGCUGGUGGUUGCCAAUUUCCACAACCAGAGGGCUGAUGGGAGACUGCUUACAAUGACCCUCAAAUCGACCAAGACCAUUCCUCACCAAGAUCCCUUCACUGCACUCCGAGCACAAGCUGACCAAGAACGACUCCGAGCCCGUCGUGGCCCAGGCCCCCUAAACGACCUGUUAGCCGAGGACCAGGCAACCUCGCAGACUGGCCUCUACAGCGAUGAAAUGAUGGUCGAUGCGCCGCGGGAUACCCAGAAGAAUCAGAACCAAAGGAAAUGGCGUCGUUGA